AUGUCAUUCCAUACUCUCAGUAAAUCUACUAAGCGCAGACGAUUUUUAGAAGAAAUAGAGACUGUAGAUUUUCUGAUAGAUAAUCGCGAUCAACUCGAGUUAAAUCCUCAACCAAGUACAUCUCAUGGCAGUUUAAGUUCACUGCCUUUAGAAAGUUCUAAUUUAACUGAUUCUGUCGAUUGUACAUCAAACAAUUUGUUUUCAGUUGAAACCCCCAUUAAUUAUAUUUCAGAUAAUAGUGUUUUUGAUCAAAAUGAUUUUUCAUAUAAUUCUUAUUCUGAUACUGAUGAGUCCGAUAGUAAUGAAAUUGGUAUAUUUAAUGAUGAACAACUAAUAUUGAAUUCAUUAGCCAAAUGGAAAGUUAAUUACUCUAUAACAUCUGUAGCUUUUUCUAGUUUAUUAAAAAUUCUUAAAGAGCAUAAUUGUUUUAAUAAUUUUCCAGUUGAUUCUAGAACAAUUAUGAAAACUAAUAAAUAUGAUAUGACUCAUCAAAUUCAAACUGUUAACUCUGGCUUAUAUUAUCAUUUUGGAAUAUCAAAUGGUUUGAUGUCAGUCUAUGAUCUAAGCGUUUUUGAGGAAGUUAUUAAAUUAGUUGUGGGGAUUGACGGCUUACCACUUACAAAGAGCUCUUCUAGUACUUUCUGGCCAGUUUUGGCCUAUGCUCGUUAUCCUCCAAAUAAACCUAAUGUAUUUAUUAUUGGUCUUUAUUGGGGGAAAGAGAAACCUCAAUGCAGCAAUUUAUACUUGAGAAGUAUGGUUGAUGAAUUAAAAAGUUUAUCCCUAAAUGGUUUUAAAACGGAAUAUGGAAUAAAAAUUGUUGUAUUAGAUACAAUUUGUUGUGAUCUUCCUGCUCGUAGUUUUAUAACACGCACUAAAAAUUUCAAUGGUUAUUAUUCAUGUUCAAGAUGUGUUAUUGAAGGUGAUCGUGUUAACAAUACUACAUGUUUUUUGGGAACUAAUUAUUCUAAAAGAACACAUACUGAUUUUUUAAAUCGUAUUGAUGAUGAGCAUCAUGUCACUAACGACAUUUCUAUACUAACAGAAAUACCGCAUAUUAAUAUGGUAAAUAGUUUCAGUUUGGACUAUAUGCAUAUGGGGUGCUUAGGUGUUAUGAAAAAACUAAUUUUACUAUGGUUAGGUAUGAUUAAAAAUGCUCCAUUAUCUGUUCGUAUACAAAGUCGGGAUGUAUCAAAUAUUUCUAAACAUAUAUUAUCUAUUAAACCAUUUGUGACAAAUGAUUUUCCUAGAAAACUCCGGGGAUUAAAUGAAGUGGCUAGAUAUAAGGCUACAGAGUUUAAAUUUAUUUUAGUGUAUGUAGGAGCAAUUAUUUUAAAAGGGGCUAUAACUGAAGAAUGUUACAAUCAUUUUAUAAGUUUACAUGUCUCAUUUAGAAUUCUAUUAUCACUUAAUAGUAAUAAAAAACUUGUUGAUUUUGCUGAAAAACUUUUAGUUUAUUUUGUUGAAACAUUUGAAGAAAUAUAUGGAGCCCAGUUUUCAUCUCAUAAUAUUCAUAGCUUAAUACAUUUACCUGAUGAUUAUAGAAAUUACGGUUCCCUUGAUAAUUGCUCAUGUUUUCCGUUCGAAAACUUCAUGAAAUUUUUAAAGGUAAUGGUCAGGAAACAUGAGAAGCCUUUGGAGCAGGUCAUUAAUCGUUACAGGGAGUUUUUAACAUUCAAUGUGCCAACGGUUGACACAAAUCAAAGUAAAAUUAUUUAUAAAAAAGAACACUGUAAAGGUCCUUUAGUUGAAUGUUAUACUAGUCCUCAAUACCAAAUAAUUUUUAAAAACAACAUUAAAAUUAAUAUUAAAUCUCUUUCGGACAUUUAUAUAGGUUUUAAAAAACAAAAUAAACUUUGUAUUUUUAAAGUAUUUAACAUUUGUUUUGAUCCCAGCACAAAUAACACAGUGUUUUUAUGUAAAGUGUUUAAUCAUGUUAGAUCAUUUUUUUGUAAACCUAUCGAUAGCAUAAAAUUAGGUAUUGCUAUAGUUGAUGAUUUAUCAACAAAUUUUACUGCUAUAGAUAUUGAACAUACAAACUUUUGUAAAUAUAUGAUAAUAUUUGAUAAUCUUAAUAACAGCAUUGCAUAUCCAAUUAUUCAUUCAUAUGAAUUUUAG